AGCUAGGGUGAAUGGCCCAUUGGGUAGGCUAAAGGGUAGGCUGGGGAGCACGGGGGCCGGGGCCGCGGCCAUGAACUCACCCGUGGACCCCGGCGCUAGGCAGGCGCUGAAGAAGAAGCCGCCCGAGAGGACCCCGGAGGACUUAAAUACUAUUUAUUCUUAUCUUCAUGGAAUGGAAAUAUUAUCAAAUCUCAGGGAACAUCAGCUUAGGCUAAUGUCUACAAGAGCACGUUAUGAAAGAUACAGUGGCAAUCAAAUUCUUUUUUGUUCAGAAACUAUUGCCAGAUGUUGGUACAUCCUUCUUUCUGGAUCUGUGCUUAUGAAAGACUCCAUGGUUUUGCCUCCGUGCAGUUUUGGUAAGCAGUUUGGAGGAAAAAGAGGAUGUGAUUGCCUUGUAUUGGAGCCUUCAGAAAUGAUUGUGGUAGAAAAUUCUAAAGAUAAUGACGAUGGUAUUCUACAAAGAGAAAUUCCUGCAAGACAGUCUCGACGAAGAUUUCGGAAAAUUAACUGUAAGGGUGAACGCCAAACCAUCACUGAUGAUAUAGACAACUAUCUUUCUCUUCCUGCUGAUCUUACCAAGAUACACCUCACAGACAACCCUCAUCCACAGGUGACUCAUGUAUCCUCUAGUCAGUCUGGUUGUAGCAUCGCCAGUGACUCUGGGAGCAGCAGUUUAUCUGAUAUCUAUCAGGCUACAGAGAGUGAGGUAGGAGAUGUAGAUUUGACACGUCUUCCGGAAGGACCUGUUGAUUCUGAGGAUGAAGAAGAGGAAGAUGAAGAGAUUGAUCGGACAGAUCCGUUGCAGGGGCGAGAUCUUGUUAGAGAGUGUCUUGAAAAAGAACCUGCAGACAAAACUGAUGAUGACAUUGAACAAUUGUUGGAGUUUAUGCAUCAGCUCCCUGCUUUCGCAAAUAUGACUAUGUCUGUAAGGAGAGAACUCUGCUCUGUGAUGAUCUUUGAAGUGGUGGAGCAGGCUGGAGCUAUUAUUCUUGAAGAUGGGGAAGAACUUGACUCAUGGUAUGUUAUUUUAAACGGCACUGUAGAAAUCAGUCAUCCAGAUGGAAAAAUUGAAAAUCUCUUUAUGGGAAAUAGUUUUGGAAUUACUCCCACUCUGGAUAAACAGUACAUGCAUGGAGUUGUAAGGACUAAAGUAGAUGACUGUCAGUUUGUCUGCAUAGCCCAGCAGGAUUACUGGAGAAUUUUAAAUCAUGUGGAAAAAAAUACUCAUAAAGUUGAAGAAGAGGGAGAGAUUGUUAUGGUACAUGAGCACCGAGAACUAGAUCGGAGUGGAACCAGAAAAGGACACAUUGUAAUCAAGGCAACACCUGAGCGUCUCAUCAUGCAUUUAAUAGAAGAACAUUCCAUUGUGGACCCAACUUAUAUAGAAGAUUUCCUAUUAACUUAUAGAACAUUUCUUGAAAGUCCUUUGGAUGUUGGAAUCAAACUAUUGGAAUGGUUUAAAAUUGACAGCUUAAGGGAUAAGGUAACACGGAUCGUAUUAUUAUGGGUAAAUAAUCAUUUUAAUGAUUUUGAAGGUGAUCCUGCUAUGACUCGAUUUCUGGAGGAAUUUGAAAAAAAUCUGGAAGAUACAAAAAUGAAUGGUCAUCUCCGGUUAUUGAAUAUCGCCUGUGCUGCAAAGGCUAAGUGGAGACAAGUUGUGCUGCAGAAGGCUUCCCGGGAGUCCCCUCUGCAUUUCAGCCUUAAUGGAGGAAGUGAGAAGGGAUUUGGUAUUUUUGUGGAGGGAGUAGAACCUGGUAGCAAAGCGGCAGAUGCAGGAUUAAAACGUGGUGAUCAGAUAAUGGAAGUAAAUGGACAAAACUUUGAGAACAUUACAAUUGUGAAAGCCCUUGAAAUUUUGAGGAAUAAUACUCAUCUUGCACUUACUGUAAAGACCAACAUUUUUGUGUUCAAAGAAUUGCUUAGUAGGACUGAACAGGAAAAAGCUGGUGUUCCUCAUAUUCCCAGAAUUGCUGAGAAAAAAAGUAAUCGCCAUUCAAUCCAGGAUGUACCAGGAGAUAUUGAACAAACAUCACAGGAGAAAGGAAAUAAGAAAGUUAAAGCAAAUACUGUUUCAGGUGGAAGAAACAAAAUCAGGAAAAUUCUGGAUAAAACACGAUUUAGUAUCUUGCCUCCAAAACUGUUUAGUGAUGGAGGCCUGAGCCAAUCACAGGAUGACAGCAUUGUGGGGACAAGACACUGUAGACACAGUCUGGCUAUAAUGCCAAUUCCUGGAACACUUUCAUCCAGCAGUCCAGAUCUCCUGCAGCCUACCACCAGCAUGCUGGAUUUCACUAAUCCUUCAGAUAUUCCUGAUCAAGUUAUAAGAGUUUUCAAAGCAGAUCAACAAAGUUGCUACAUUAUCAUCAGUAAAGACACUACAGCUAAAGAAGUAGUUUGCCAUGCUGUUCAUGAGUUUGGUUUGACUGGUGCAUCUGAUACAUACUCGCUCUGUGAAGUUUCUGUUACUCCUGAGGGUGUUAUAAAACAGAGAAGACUUCCGGACCAGUUCUCAAAAUUAGCUGAUAGAAUUCAGCUUAAUGGAAGGUAUUAUUUAAAGAAUAACAUGGAAACAGAAACGUUAUGUUCAGAUGAAGAUGCUCAAGAACUAGUUAAGGAAAGCCAGCUAUCCAUGCUGCAGCUCAGUACGAUUGAAGUGGCCACCCAGCUGUCAAUGAGGGACUUUGACUUGUUUAGAAAUAUUGAACCUACUGAAUACAUUGAUGACCUUUAUAAGUUAGAUUCCAAAACAGGAAGUACUCACUUGAAAGAAUUUGAGGACAUUGUAAACCAAGAAACCUUUUGGGUUGCCUCAGAAAUUUUAACUGAAUCAAAUCAGCUCAAACGAAUGAAGAUUAUUAAACAUUUUAUUAAAAUUGCACUUCAUUGUCGAGAAUGUAAGAACUUCAAUUCCAUGUUUGCAAUAAUAAGUGGCUUGAACCUGGCAUCUGUAGCACGACUAAGAGGUACUUGGGAAAAGUUACCAAACAAAUAUGAGAAACACCUUCAAGAUUUGCAAGACUUAUUUGAUCCAUCUAGAAACAUGGCAAAAUAUAGAAAUAUACUUAGUAGUCAAAGCAUGCAGCCUCCAAUUAUUCCACUGUUUCCUGUUGUCAAGAAGGAUAUGACGUUUCUACAUGAAGGAAAUGACUCCAAAGUCGAUGGUUUAGUAAACUUUGAGAAGCUAAGAAUGAUUGCCAAGGAAAUUCGUCAAGUUAUUCGAAUGACUUCUGCUAACAUGGAUCCAGCUAUGAUGUUCCGACAGAGGAAGAAGAGGUGGCGGAGUCUGGGGUCAUUGAGUCAAGGUAGCACAAAUUCAAACAUGCUGGAUGUUCAGGGAGGUGCUCACAAAAAAAGGGCUCGCCGCAGCUCCCUGCUUAACGCCAAGAAGUUAUACGAGGAUGCUCAAAUGGCAAGGAAAGUGAAGCAGUAUCUUUCUAGUCUGGAGGUAGAAACAGAUGAGGAGAAGUUCCAGAUGAAGUCAUUACAAUGGGAGCCUGCAUAUGGCACCUUGACCAAGAAUUUAAGUGAUAAAAAAUCAGCCAAAUCAUCAGAAAUGUCUCCUUUGCCUCUGAGGUCAGCUGGCCAAACAGCCAAAGCUCACUUGCCUCAGCCCCACAGAGUAAGCCAAGUUCUUCAGGUACCAGCUGUUAAUUUGCAUCCCAUCAGGAAGAAGGGUCAAACAAAAGACCCUGUCGCAUUGAGUACAAGUUUACCUCAGAAAGUAAUAGGAACAACUGAAGAAAUCAGUGGUAGAAAGCAUACAGAAGACACAAUUUCUGUGGCAUCAUCCUUACAUUCUAGUCCUCCUGCUUCUCCUCAAGGUUCCCAUCGCAAAGGUUAUACACUUACACCAUCAGCUAAAUCUGACAACUUUUCCGACUCCAGUCAUAGCGAGAUUUCUUCACGGUCCAGCAUCGUGAGCAAUUGUUCUGUUGACUCCAUGUCUGCAGCACUACAGGAGGAUCGGUGUUCCUCCCAGGUUCUGACGGUCCCUGAACCCACUGGGGCAUUGGAAAAGACAGAGCACCACUCGGCGAUAGGAGACCAUAGCCAGCUAGGCCCUGGGUGGGCACUCUCGAAGCCAUCCCUAAUCAAGGGUUUAGCUGUGUCGUCUUCUAUGAGCAAUGAAGAGAUUUCUCAUGAGCAUAUCAUUAUAGAAGCAGCUGACAGUGGUCGUGGGAGUUGGACCUCCUGUUCAAGCAGUUCCCAUGACAAUUUCCAAAACCUUCCAAACCCCAAAAGCUGGGAUUUCUUAAACUCCUAUCGACAUACCCAUUUGGAUGGCCCCAUUGCUGAAGUUGAACCUACUGACUGUGAGCGUUACUCCUGCCCUAAAGGCUGCUCUAGGACUUGUGGUCAGUGUCAAGGAAGCCUUGAGACUAAUCAGUUGAGACAGAGUUGGGCCUCCUCUAGUUCUCUGUCUGACACAUGUGAACCAAACUAUGGGACAGUGAAACGGAGAGUCUUGGAGAAUACCCCAAUUGAGUCAUCUGAAGGCUUGGAUGCCAGGGAUGGCUCUGACCCCAUUUAUAAAACUGUCACUUCAAGUACAAAAAAGGGCUUAAUUGUGUACUGUGUCACCUCACCCAAGAAGGACGAUAGGUAUAGGGAGCCACCUCCAACUCCUCCAGGAUACAUGGGGAUUUCUUUAGCGGACCUAAAGGAAGGACCCCACCCGCACCUAAAACCUCCAGAGUAUAGUGUGGCAGUGCAGAGGUCAAAGAUGAUGCAUAACAACCUCCCUAGACUGUCACCAGCUCCUCUCAGUAGCAUCCCCGUGGCCUGUGUUCCAUCGAAGAUUAUAACACCGCCUCAGAGGCAUAAGUUGCAGCCAUCCCAUCCUAAACUAGCAGAUGUGACUGACGCAGAUAGCGAAGCAGAUGAAGAUGAACAGGUCUCAGCAGUCUAG